AUGUCAGAGGAAAAACAAUGGACUGAAGUUUUCCACGCAAUAGACAAAGACAAAAAUGGGUUUCUUACACGUGAAGAAAUCGCACAAUGCUUAAAAGAAGUUGGUGUUUGUCCAAAUGUCGCAGACAAAAUAAUCAAGGAAACUGAUAUGAAUAGUGAUGGAAAAAUUUCCUUAGAAGAGUAUUUGAAUGCACUAAGAAAACUCCCUCCUCGUGAAAAGUGUGUUGCACGAUGGAGAGAAGUGUUUCAGUCUAUAGACAAGGAUGGUUCGGGAAAAGUUUCUAUCAAAGAAUUGGAUGAAUUUCUAAAAACCUCCGGUAUGGAUAUAGACCAAAAUAGUUUACGUAAUUGGAUGACACAAAAUGACAAAAACAAGGAUGGUGAACUAGAUUAUGAUGAGUUCUUAGCCUAUAGUACUAUUAACCUACAGGAAAAUACAACCAGAAGUUUUCCCAAAAAGUUGAAAGAAGAUGGAUACUUAAACAUGGAUGAAAAAAUUUUACUUGAUCAAUUUCGUCAAAUGGAUAAAGAUGGAAAUGGGACACUGUCAAGAAGAGAAAUAAGACAAUGUAUGAAGUUAAGUGGAUUUAAUGAAAAAUUUCUUACGGAAUUUAUCGAAACAUUCGAUUUAGAUGGAGAUGGUGAAAUAACUUUAGAAGAAUAUGAAAAAGUACUAAAUAUUGUUCCGAAAGAAGAAAAGGAGGCAGCUGCUUGGCGUAGUAUAUUUAACUACAUGGAUAAAGAUAAUUCUGGGAAAAUCUCUGUUUCUGAAGUUGUAAGUUUAUUGGAUGAAAUGGGCUAUGAUAUACAAACAACUGAACUCAAUGAGUGGAUGAAUAGGAAUAAAAUUAACAAAGAUGAUGGAAUGGAUUACCAACAGUUUUUAAAUUUCAUGCGUCGUAAUUAA